AUGUCGAGCAAGACGGCCGGCCGACGGCGGCGCUCCAUCCCGCGACGGCGCGGCACGGUGACCCCGAGGGUAAAAACAUCGACGCCGAGCCCUGAAGCGGCAGCCGCAGCCUUUUCAGGGCAAGCCUUGCGGGCGCUGGCAGACGAUGCGGCUCAUGAAAUCAACGGCGACAAAGGUCUGCCUGGAGCUGGAGCUGUCGCCAGCGCCGGCCCCCAGGCUGCACAACACGGCGCCGGGGCGAACACUACCGCCGCCGCCGCCUGGUGGACGAUGUGCUGCCUGCGCCGCCCCGAACCCGUCCGUCGUCGACUCGUCCUGCUUGGCCCCGCCCUGCCGUCGCCCCGUUGUGCAGUCUCCACGAUGGGCGGCUCCCAUCGUCGCGCCCGUGCCUAG